GUGGAUAAGACAUAUGAAACACUCUACGGGCUGAGCCUAUUCGUAUUUUUGUCUAUUUUCUCAUUCUGCGAAAUAAAUUUGCUGGAGAGAAUAAAGGCGUACUACUCUGAAAAAGAUAUGGAUUGGAAAAAACUAAAAUACGAAGAGUUCAGAGCAGAUGCACCAAACGACCUAUCAAAGUACUUUGCAUCCAAGAAGCUAUUGCCUGUCCUAGAGGAGUACAUCGAUGAACUAGUGAACGAUGGAGCACUGGAAGAAAUAGAGACACAUGGAGAUGAAGGUGUGCACAAAGAAGAAAAGUACAGAAUAGUAAAAAAAACAGAAGAUAACUACAAAGAUAAACAACACAGCAAAGAUCUACUUUUAGAAGCAAAAGACAGCUCUUUCAUAACGGAACACUUUCUGUCGAAAGAAGAAAGAACGGUUCUAUGCGAGAAAAUGUGCGAUGAGUACAAAGAAAGGAUAGGCAGCGGAAUGUCGCAUGGAGCGAUGAGACACACAAGGACAGGAGCGGCUGUAAAUGUAAUAAUAGGCACAGGAUACUCCAAAAUAGUCAAAAAUGAACUUAUAAGGAUGUUUAUAAAGAGCAUCAGGCCAAAGAAGGUGUAUGUUCUAAACAAGGAAAUAGUACGGGUAGAAACAAACGGAGAGAAUAAUUACGAUAUCCUAUGCAACAGAGAAUAUACAGUGAAUGGAAGACUCUUUUCAUGCGAUGAUGUUUUAGAGUGCAUACGGCAUAUAAAGGACACUCUUAUAAGAGAUGGAACUGUCCUGCUCAGCUUGCUGGAGCAUGAUUAUUUCCUAUGCGAGUUUGUUGUUCUGUCCAUGAGCGCUCUGAAGAUUCUUUCUCUUUCGAAGUCAUCGAUAAAAAAUAACAUAAUUCUGAACAUGAAAGUAACAGAAGAGUACAAACGAGCAAUAAGCCAUGCCAAAUCACUAUCAAAAACAACAGCAGCAUUGUCCAGUGUGGAAAAAGAUAAGACAGCAAAGAAAAAAGAGAAGAAAGCACAAAGAUCGUAUCUGCAGACAUUCAGCAUACAGGGCAUAGAAGACAUUCCCAUUUCUGAUGAUGCAGCAUACUAUAGCACAAUAUCACUGUACAUCUACCUGCUGCACCACGGCUCAGGGCAGCUGCAGCACAUAUCUAGGAAGAACUUUCUUACAGUAGCAGAGAUAGAAGACAUAGCCAGCAGGCAUCCUUCGCUGUUUACCAUUCACUACACCCAGCCACACGAUCACUCGGCCAUUACCCUUACAGUGCUGUAA